ACACUUUUUAGAAAGAUGAUCACAUUUGUGACGGGUUUUGUCACGAGAUCCUGCGCGUGCGCGGCGGCGGCGGAAGUGACGCAGCGCGCUGCGUUUCCGUUGGCUGGUCUGUCCGCUGGAGCGUCAGAAACGGAUCGGUUCGGUUCGGUUCAUCGCAAUCAGAAGCAUAAACGCAUCUCUCGUCAGAUGUCGUUCGGUGUCCCGCACGGCGGCGGCCGGCGCAGUAAGUGGGACCAGGCGGGUCCGGGGUCUUCUGGCGAGGCUGAUGGAGGCUCUGCUCCGAGUGGAGCUCUGGACGCCGCUGCAGCCGUCGCUGCCAAGAUCAACGCCAUGCUCGUGGCCAAAGGAAAACUCAAGCCGUCUCAGAUCAGCAGCGCUGCUUCCACUGAUAAAGUGGCAGGUGUCGGUGGUAAUAAGGUGAAAGAUGAUCUGGUGGUGGCGGAGGUGGAGAUUAACGAUGUCCCGCUCACCUGUCGGAAUCUGCUGACCCGCGGACAGACUCAAGACGAGAUCAGCCGAGUGAGCGGCGCUGCUGUGUCCACCAGAGGACGCUUCAUGACCGCUGAGGAGAAGAGCAAAGCACUGCCCAGUGACCGUCCACUCUAUCUGCACGUCCAGGGACAAACCAGAGACCUAGUGGACAAGGCUGUUAACCGGAUCAAGGAGAUCAUUACUAACGGUGUAGUGAAGGCUGCCACUAACUCGAGCUACAGCGGAGCGACGGUCACCGUUUACCAGCAGCCCGGCCCCGCUCCUCCACCCACAAUCCCCCCUGCUGCUCACAAACCACACUACCCCGGAGGAAUGCACUAUGUGCAGGACAAGCUGUUUGUGGGUCUGGAUCAGGCCGUGCAGGGCUUCUGUGUGAAGGAGCGUGUGGAGGGGCCCGGAUGCUCAUAUCUGCAGCACAUUCAGGCUGAAACUGGGGCCAAAGUCUUCCUUCGGGGCCGGGGGUCCGGCUGCCUGGAGCCCGCGUCUGGACGAGAGGCCUUCGAGCCCAUGUACAUCUACAUCAGUCACCCUAAACCAGAAGGACUUGCUGCAGCUAAAACACUGUGUGAAAACCUCCUGCAGACCGUUCAUGCUGAGUAUUCUCGAUUCCUGAAUCAGAUGAGCAGUGUGAUGCCCACACAGGCAGGGUUCAUUCAGCCUCCUUCCAUUAACGGGAUCCCGCCGCAGGCUCCGUAUUAUUCUCCCGCGGGCUUCCAGCCGUCCUACCCCGGCCCGACCCCGCCGCCGCAGCCCGUCGCUCCUCAGUAUCCAGCGGCUCCUUCGGCCCCGGCCCCGGGCCCUCUCCCCACCGCACAGUAUCCCAUCACCCCCACGCCCCCGAGCGCCCCGGCUCAGACGCUUCCUCCGGCUCCGUUCCCCCCCGCCGCUCCGGCUCCGCCCAAAGCCGUGGCUCCGCCCAAUCCGCCACAGAAGCGCCGCUUCACGGAGGAGGUGCCGGACGAGACGGACAGCGGCCUGCUGGGAUACCAGCAUGGACCCAUUCAUAUGACUAAUUUAGGUGCAGGCAUGUCUGUGGGCAGCUCUGAGGCAUCAGGACCCCCGUCUGCUGCUUCCUCAGGGCCUGUGAGAGAGAGAGACAGCAGCAGCAGCAGGCUCAUGCCGCCUCCGUGUGCUCCGGCUCCAGUCGACGGUCUGAGGGUGCAGAAAGCAGAAGAGAAGACGCCGGCGCCGCCGAGCCUUCUGGGUAAGACAGCCGCUUCCGCAGCUCGCUCAUAAUCUCCCGAUGCUCUCUGCAUGCAGAAGUGAGGCUCUGCAGCGGCGGAGGACUGUACGCUAGCUACAGGUAAAGCUGAAGCGUCUCGCUUCCUCAGGAAAUGACACGCUUCAGCUUCUCCGCCCCUCAUUGGUCAGAUGUAAUGAGUGAAGCUCCUCCCCCGAGCGGUGAUGUCAUCAGCCGUGUGGUUGCCGCACUAACGGCCGUCUCUCUUGUGUUUUGUGUUCUCUCUCUUUCUCUGUGUUUUUUCCCUCUCUUUCAUGUGUCCGGACGCUGCGGGGGUGGGGCCUCCUUCCUGAACACCGCCUCCUGAUUGGACGCCCCUCGGUGACGCGCGCGGCCGUCGUCCAAUCCGGCGUUUGAUUAACUGUGCUGCUGUGGCGUGUUGUUUGUCUGUGUGUUUCUGGUCUCUCUCAUCAGAGCCGCAGGUGAAGCGCGUCAGGAUGGGGCUGGUGGCGUACGCCGGGGACUCCUCCGAUGAAGAAGAGGAUCAUGGGGCCUCCAGAGCGUCCGGGGCCACAGGAUGGACGUAUCGUUGCCCGUCAUCACCGCCGCCACGGCCCAAAACACAGGCGCAGACGCAGCCCAUGCCCUUCUGGAUGGCACCGUAAACACACACACACACACGCACACACACACACACACACACACACAC